AUGUCCUUCAACGAGAUUAAGGGCCGUCUAGCUCUCAUUACCGGCGCAUCAGGAGGAAUCGGUGCAGCUUGCGCACAUCAGCUUGCACAGCAUGGAGUCCACCUCGCCCUGACCUACUCCACCAACUUGGCAGCGAUGCAAACCAUUGUCACAGAUAUACAAUUCAAGCACACCGAGCACAAGCUUCGCAUAUCAAUCCACCAAGUUGAUGUUGGAACUGCAAGCCAGAUUGAGAAGAUGUUUCAGCAAAUCGACGCUGAACACGGCCAACGACCUGAUAUCCUAGUCUCGAAUGCUGGUUAUGGGAAACGGAUUCCUGACGUGUCAGAGAUUCCACUAGAGGAAUUUGAUUACACCAUUAACAUCAACCUUCGCGCUUCGUUUAUCCUGAUCAAAGGUGUAGUAGAUCAUAUGAAGUCCCAGAAAUGGGGACGUAUUAUCUUUAUGUCCUCAAUCGCUGCACAGGGGGGUGGAAUUAACGGAUGCCACUACGCAGCCUCUAAGGGUGGUCUCACCGGUAUGAUGAAGAACCUCUCGACUCGCCUUGCGGAGUACAACAUUAGCGUUAACGACGUUGCACCGGCUAUGAUUGGUGAUACGGGCAUGCUUUCCAAUGCUGCAGCAUUCCCUGAGGUGGCGGCAAGUAUUCCACUCGGCCGACUAGGAACGCCAGAGGAAACGGCGAAUGUUGUGACAAUGCUUGUGAAUACUGGAUAUAUGACGGGCCAGAGUCUGCUUCUGGCUGGUGGGCUGAAAUGA